AUGCCCGAAGGCCCCUCCAACCACACACACAAGAAGAGAAAGGGAGGUGGGAAAUGGCACAAAGCCCAAGCUCAGGCCCCGCGGUCCAACAUCGAGGCGGGGGACUGGGGAGUUUUCGUAACAUGCGAGAUGGGAAGAGAAUCCAAGUGCGCCGCAGAAGUGGUUGAUUUUCUCACCCAAAAUGUCGAAAAAGCUGGUGACAGCGCGGAUGAGGCCGAUCCCGACUCCGAUGAGGACGACAUCGAAACUCAAAUUCAAAAAGAGAUUGAGGGCUUGAAUCCGAGCACAAAGAAGUCGUCUUUGUUCCAGACGGUCAAGUUCGACCUUCCCUGUUUGUCGUUCGUGCGAUUCGAUAAAUCUAUCGACCCCGAGCAGCUGGUGCACCGAAUUUGCCUUGAUGCCCAUGCCAACCCAGACAAGAAGCGCAGCCGCUACAUCCAGCGACUGACGCCGGCCCGCUCUAUUCGCAAGACUCUCAGUGUUGAUUUGGAAGAAUUCGCGCGAGAGAUUCUCAAGCCGCAUUUUCACUCCGGGGGUCCACCAAUGAAGUAUGCGAUCCGCCCUUCGGUGAGAGGCAACAAGAAAUUCAACCGAGAUACGAUUAUCAAAACUGUCGCGGAUGUUGUGGGACCCGAGCAUCCGGUUGACUUGAAGAACUAUGAUUUGGUUAUUCUCGUCGAUGUCGUUCAGAACGUGGUUGGUAUGAGUGUUGUUGGAAGCGAUUAUGACAAGCUAAAGCGGUAUAACCUCGCUGAGCUUUACAACCCAGUUUCGAAGGCACAAGAAUCCUAG